AUGGUACCUGGUGUACCAUUUGCAUUGAGACAAGCUGGAUUUGGUUUAGGAAUUAUUCUAGUUGGUUUUGUUGCUUCUAUAACAGAUUACUCCAUUUUCCUGUUAAUAGAAGGAGGUCGUCUGUCUAAUACACAUUGUUACCAGGACAUGGUUCUAGUGGCGUUUGGUAAACCAGGGUAUUACAUUCUUACAGUUUUACAAUUUCUUUAUCCUUUUAUUGCUAUGGUGAGUUAUAAUGUGAUUAUUGGUGAUACUAUUACCAAGAUAGUUCUCAUGUUUGCUGGAGAUGGUUAUUCGAUAGUACAUUCUAUAUUAGGAAAUCGUCAAUUUAUUAUAUUCCUUAGUACUUGUUUUGUUACAUUACCAUUAUCAUUAUAUAAAAAUAUAUCUCGCCUCAGUAAGUGGGCGUUUUUAUCCAUUGUUUUGAUUUGGUUUAUAUUUGUGUGUGUUGUUAUUAGAACAGCAGGUUUUGCCAAAGAUAUUCCUGCUACAGAAGGGGCAUGGAAUUUUGCUAACUACAAUGUAACACAAGCUAUAGCUAUUUUAGCAUUUGCUUAUAUGUGUCAUCAUAAUACAUUCCUAAUUCAUGGAUCAUUAGAUAAUCCAACUUCUAAACGUUGGAGUACAGUCACCCAUCUCAGUAUUGGUUUCGCUGCAUUCAUGUGUAUAUUAAUAGGAGUAGUGGGUUAUAUUUCUUUUACUGGACAUACACAAGGUGACUUGAUGGAGAAUUAUUGUCGAGAUGAUGUAUUGAUGAAUAUAGCACGAUUAUGUUUCUCUAUUACUAUCAUGUUAACAUACCCUGUUGAAUGUUUUGUAACACGAGAGGUUAUAGAAAAUGCUGUUUUUGCCUCCAACCCACCGAUUCCAUUAUGGAGACAUGUGACCAUUACAGUCAUUGUGGUAUUUUUAGCGGGAGCUGUUUCCAUGUCAACAGAUUGUUUAGGUGUUGUACUAGAAUUUAAUGGAGUGUUGGCUGCGGCACCAUUGGCAUAUAUCAUUCCAUCGUUAUGUGUAAUGAGGUUACGUCAAGAAGCGUUAUUCUCGCGUGGUAAUAUUGGCCCAAUACUUACUGCCAUAUUUGGUAUCCUGGUAGCCAUUGUUGGAACUAUAUUAGCUAUUGUAAACGCCGUGAGCAGUGAGGGCUGUAGUCAUGGAAAAGAAUUGCCGUAUUGCCUUGCUAAAAAUCAAACCUCAGACUUAUUUUCUAUGAGCACAACUGCAACACCAACAGCAUCAACAUCAACAACGUCAAUGUUUUUGUGA